AUGCGAUCCGACUUGACUUGCGCGUUUAGCGGUGCAUUCCUGAUCUUCGGAGGAUGGGCUGUUGUGAUAUGGGUCUUCUGGAGAGCUCUUGCAUUACAUUUACAGAUUUGCUGGGAAGUUGCGACUGGCAAUUUGUUUUACUGGACAACUCUCAUUAUAGGAUGGCUGAUUCCAGGCAUUGACGUUACUCUCACUCUUGCAUUGACUGGAGUUUCCUAUCGAUUUGGUAACGUGUGCCACCUCAACCACAAAAAUGGCCUCGAAGUCUUUUGGGGUCCACUGCUAGCCUUUGCCACAUUGGCGCUGGUCUUACAGUUUAUUACGAUCGGUUACUGCGUCAAUGUCUACGUGCGAAGCCUGCUCGAUGAUAAAGCAUCUACCGAAAACAGCUCCGGUGUUCCUACAUAUUCCAGCAGUGUCAACACAGCUUCAGCACGUCAAACCUAUCGGAGGGUCAAGAGGAUUGUCGAACUGCAGUGGAGGGGAGCAAUGAUUGUCUUGCUCAUAAUCGCAGAGGUUGUGUUCUUCGCCGUGAUCUUUGUGUCGAUGGACAACAGCUCGCAGGUCAAUGAUGCUCUUUUCCGAAAAGCAACACCAUGGCUCACUUGCUUGGUACUUAGUGGUGGUGACAAGGCCCGGUGUUUACCACACGCUGAAAGUCUAGUUAAGAAUGAGGGGAUUGUCAUUGCGGUGCUGGUGUGCCUGGGGAUUAGUGGGUUUUGGCUGCUGAUAUUCCUUGGAAGAUGGUCAAUGGUGCUCGGCUGGCGGGACCUUGUCAAGAGCAAGAUCUUUCGCAGGAGGCAUGAGUUUGUGUCUGCAGACGCAAGAGGAAUUUCGAACGAUACACGUACGUACGAGAUGCUCGACUCGGCCAAGACCACCCCAGCGCUGAACAUUUCUUCUCCAGACCGAGUCUCGAGCCCUAGCCAAGCCCAUCCCUUGAGAAGCUCCCCAAUGACGCCGGAGCCGGAUGCUAAGCAACAUUAUGACUACUUCAACAACAAAAACCUCACGAGAGUGAAUGACGAUUUCUCACCUCAGACACCUGCGCCGGCCUACUCGUAUUCACCCAGUACGCCACGAAUGUUCUCGCCGAGGGAAUGGGAUCAUAGGGCGACCCAAGCACGACCCAGUUAUCUACCUGGCACUGCAGUCUCAAAAGACUAUACUUGA